GGCCGGAGGGGCCCGGGAGGCGGCGGCUGCUGAGCCGGAGCCGGAGCUGGGCGAGGGCGGCUGCGGUCCUGUCGGCGGUGUCGGCAGCGGUGGGAGAAGAUGGUGGCGCUGGAGGUAGGAGCGGCUGGAGCGGAGCUUUAUUCCCAGGUUUGGCACCGUCGCUGUCAUUAGCGCCGCCUGCUUCCGCGGGCCCGCGGACCCAGCUGUCAGGCAAGGCCAGCGCAGCAAAAUGAGAGCGCAGUAAGCCGGCCCCGCCUCAUUCCCGGCCUUCUCCCACGCCCACCAUGAACCACUCGGAGGGCUCCGCGGAGGUGGAGGUGCCCGACGAGGCGGCCGGCGGGGAGGUGAACGAGUCGGUGGAGGCCGACCUGGAGCACCCCGAGGUGGAGGAGGAGCAGCAGGCCCCGCGGCCGCAGCGCUACCCCGGCCGGCAGCCGUGCGGGCGCGCCGUCGAGGACCUGCAGGGCGCGCAGGUCGGGCCGCAGGAGGACGAGGAGCGCGGCGAGAGCCUGGCGCGCUCGGCCAGCACGGAGAGCGGCUUCCACAACCACAGCGACACCGCCGAGGGCGACGUGAUCGCCGCGGCCCGCGACGGCUACGAUGCGGAGCGUGCGCAGGACGCGGAGGACGAGAGCGCGUACGCGGUGCAGUACCGGCCGGAAGCCGAGGAGUACACGGAGCAGGCCGAGGCCGAGCACGCCGAGGCCUCGCACCGCCGCGCGCUGCCCAACCACCUGCACUUCCACUCGCUGGAGCACGAGGAGGCCAUGAACGCGGCCUACUCAGGCUACGUCUACACGCACCGGCUCUUCCACCGCGGCGAGGACGAGCCCUACGCCGAGCCCUACGCCGACUACGGCGGGCUGCAGGAGCACGUGUACGAGGAGAUCGGGGACGCGCCCGAGCUGGACGCGCGCGACGGCCUGAGGCUCUACGAGCAGGAGUGCGACGAGGCUGCCGCCUACCGCCAGGAGGCCCUAGGCGCGCGGCUGCACCACUACGACGAGCGCUCGGACGGCGAGUCCGACAGCCCCGAGAAGGAGGCCGAGUUCGCGCCCUACCCGCGCAUGGACAGCUAUGAGCAGGAGGAGGACAUCGAUCAGAUCGUGGCCGAGGUCAAGCAGAGCAUGAGCUCGCAGAGCCUGGACAAGGCGGCAGAGGACAUGCCCGAGGCCGAGCAGGACCUGGAGCGUGCCCCCACCCCAGGCGGGGGUCGCCCCGAGAGUCCGGGGCUGCAGGCACCGGUGGGGCAGCCACGAGCAGCCGGCCCCACGGGCGGUGAAGGAGGACAGCGGUACAGUAAGGAGAAGAGGGAUGCCAUCUCGCUGGCCAUCAAGGACAUCAAGGAGGCCAUCGAAGAGGUGAAAACCAGGACCAUCCGUUCGCCUUAUACCCCUGACGAGCCCAAAGAACCCAUCUGGGUCAUGCGCCAAGACAUUAGCCCCACCAGGGACUGUGACGACCAGAGGCCAGUGGAUGGAGAUUCUCCGUCUCCUGGCAGUUCAUCACCUCUGGGUGCAGAGUCAUCAAGUACACCCCUUCAUCCCAGUGACCCCGCGGACGCCUCCACCAACAAAGAGUCAAGAAAAAGCUUGGCUUCAUUCCCAACCUAUGUCGAAGUUCCUGGACCUUGUGACCCUGAAGACUUGAUCGAUGGAAUCAUUUUUGCCGCCAAUUACCUUGGCUCCACCCAGCUGCUCUCAGAUAAAACUCCUUCCAAAAACGUGCGCAUGAUGCAGGCCCAGGAAGCAGUGAGCAGGAUCAAGAUGGCCCAGAAAUUAGCCAAAAGCAGAAAGAAGGCUCCUGAAGGGGAAUCUCAACCCAUGACUGAAGUGGAUCUCUUCAUCUCAACCCAGAGAAUCAAAGUGUUGAACGCUGACACGCAGGAGACGAUGAUGGACCACCCUCUGCGGACCAUUUCCUACAUCGCAGACAUCGGGAACAUCGUCGUGUUGAUGGCACGCAGGCGGAUGCCCCGCUCCAACUCCCAAGAGAACAUGGAGGCGUCCCACCCAUCGCAGGAUGGGAAGAGGCAGUACAAGAUGAUCUGCCAUGUCUUCGAGUCUGAGGAUGCCCAGCUGAUUGCACAGUCCAUAGGGCAAGCGUUCAGCGUUGCAUACCAGGAAUUCCUCAGGGCCAACGGGAUUAACCCAGAGGACCUCAGCCAGAAGGAGUACAGUGACCUGCUCAACACCCAGGACAUGUACAACGACGACCUGAUCCACUUCUCCAAGUCGGAAAACUGCAAAGAUGUUUUCAUAGAGAAGCAGAAAGGAGAAAUCCUGGGCGUGGUGAUUGUGGAGUCUGGCUGGGGAUCCAUCCUGCCGACCGUGAUCAUAGCCAACAUGAUGCACGGUGGCCCCGCAGAGAAGUCAGGGAAGCUGAAUAUCGGGGACCAGAUUAUGUCCAUUAACGGCACCAGCCUGGUGGGCCUGCCUCUGUCCACUUGCCAGAGCAUCAUUAAGGGCUUAAAGAAUCAGUCUCGAGUCAAGCUGAAUAUUGUAAGAUGUCCUCCAGUGACCACCGUGUUAAUCAGAAGGCCAGACCUUCGCUACCAACUGGGUUUCAGUGUCCAAAAUGGAAUUAUCUGCAGCCUCAUGCGAGGUGGAAUAGCGGAGAGGGGAGGCGUCCGCGUGGGACAUCGGAUCAUCGAAAUCAACGGACAGAGCGUGGUGGCCACGCCCCAUGAGAAGAUCGUCCAUAUCCUCUCCAAUGCCGUUGGGGAGAUCCACAUGAAGACGAUGCCAGCUGCCAUGUACAGACUGCUGACGGCCCAGGAGCAGCCCGUUUACAUCUGAGCCUGCGCCCAGGCUCUCCCGCGGUGGCUUGCAUGGAGGACUCUCCUCAUCGUGGUUGUGUUUCUCGUGCUGCAUCCGUGUGUCCACUGAGACAUUGCCCUUCCCGCCCAGCAUCCGGUCUUACACAGGAAGAGAAGACUCGCGAGGACCACUUUGCUCUCUCUUUCCCCCCUUUUUUUUCUUGCUGAUACCAGGGAAGUUUCCUGUGUGCCCCUUGAGGAUAGAGAACAAGUAUCCACUGGGAUCUCCCCAAAACUAUCCUGGAGGGCCUUUGGGGGUCCUGAGGUGGCGGUCACUGCCGAAGGGAGGUCCUCUCUCUCCAGGAGGCUCAGGCCUCAUAGAAGGAACUCCGCAGGCCGCACAGACGCCGCCUUAGCAGUGCCUAAACCCAGCUGCUCAUCUCUGCUCCCCUGGAGUCACUGACGGGAAUGGUAUGAGGGGGACAUCACAUAGGAAUAAGCACAGCCCGUCUUGUGCUGGGGUCCCGUACGUUAUUUCCACCCAGAAUUUCUGAGCCAACCUUGAACCUCUUCCAUGGCUAGUUUUAGUUUCGGCUUCUAUGUAUGUUCUGCUGCGGGCUUCUCGCCGGGGUAAAAGGGGAAAUGCUGGCUCAGAGGAGGCUACCAGAGCGCCGCCAAGUCUGGUGUCUGCAGCCACGUGAAGCCUUGCCGGGUUGUCUGGCAGUUCCCAGCCAGCAGAUCACCAGGCAUAGCAGGCUCUCUGUAUAUUACACACGCAUGUGCACAGAGUCUCAUGGUGUGGAUCCUUUCCUCCCACUAGGGCCAGGCAGGCUGAAGCCUGGAGAGCCCUCAGCACCUCGCGGGGGAUCCUUGCCCUGGCUGGUUGGGCAGCAGCGCCUGGUCAGCCUUGUCCUGAGAGGGUGCUCACCCUGGCUGAGGCCUGGGCCUCCCCCACCACCUUGACUUGACUCAAGAGUGUCUUAGAGUCACACAUGCCCUCCAUGGGGGCCCUGGAACAGUGACCUGUCCCCCUAGAAGACAGUGAUGUGGGGGUCCUGGGUGCAUGUUUCCUGCCUUGAGUAGAAACUAGCCUACUUUUCUGCUCUAUCAGGCACUCGGCUGAAUAUGGUGUUUGAAAGGCCAGAAUGGCUCCAAAGAUACAAAACUAAGGGGUCCAUAGUGAUCUCAAGUGAGGCCUAGGACCCCAAACAUGUGCUAGGAGUGUCCGCGACUGCCCCGUGGUCUGAGUUUCCAGCUGCCUUGGGGAAGUCUGUUUCUAUCAGGUGCCUCACAUUUAGGAUUCCGUCUCAGUGCAGUGCAGGUAUCUUAGUAAUAUUAUUAUUAUUAUUGUUAUUAUUCUGAGCCACUUCUCACUUAUUCUUGGUCCAAAGAGCAUUUUGUUUUCAUGUGGGGUAUGGUUUGUUGUUUUGUUUUGUUUCAUUCAUGACCUCAGUAGAAACAGGGAAGAAAAACUAAUAUAUUUUGUAAUGUUAAUAAUAUAGUCCCUGUUCUCUGCAUCUAUGAUAUUUAUGUUCUGUCUGUAGAAAUAGAAAUACAGUGAGCAAAUGUUGGGUAGGAAUAUUUAUAUAGAGGAUGGAGCUAUUUGCAAGAAAGAAAAGUGAACAUACAAGGCUAGGAACGAUGAGACUGUGCCUGAGAGCAGUGUGGUCACUGCCUUGGGAUCCCUGAACCUUCCGGGUGGUCUGCACCAAUCAGAAAAGCCAAAUGUAGGAAAGGAAUAAGCAGCUGAACUCUCUGACCACAGUGCAAAAAGUUCCAAGAAGAGAGGCUGCCAGCUCCCCAUGUCCUACCUGAGAAGGGAAAGGACUGCUGCCCCUCGGUGGGGCCAGGGAGGGAGGACCCAGGACUUGUUUUAAGAACUCUUAGCAGAAUGCUAUAGAGGACCAGCCCAAGGCCAGCCUACCACCAACAUGAGGACCAGGAUCUAUGACCUAGGUUCUGUUUGCUUUUACUGAAGCAACCCAACUACAGCCUGCCUAGUAUCAGAAAUAAAUACUAAAGGGUCUUCACCCCAUCUCUCCUCUACCAAAAGAGACAGUGGAACAGGAAUAACAUGAUAUGGGUGCCAUCUCAGGCAACAGGAGCCUCCAAACUCACUGGAGGCACUCUGCCUGCCUGCUUCCAGAGUGGCUCCCAGGGUGCUCACGUAUCUGGACAGGCCCAGUGGCUGCCCGAGACUGACCAGGGACUGAAGCUUCACAAGCACAUUCCUAAACUGCAGAUAAUUAGUUAAGCUUUUCUACACCAGAGAGAGAAAAGAUACUUUCCAUUUCUACUGCAGAGAAACUUUGGAAACUACGAGAAGGGCUGUUUCCUAAGCCCUCAGAGAAGUGACAUGCCUUGGCCCCAUUGUUCCUUGUUAUAUAGAGUGGCUCCUCACACCUGGAGUGAAGGCCUUUGGAGCUUGGUAUAGGACCCUGGACUGAAGCAUACUCUCGUUUUCUAGCAUCGGCCUGUGUGUGAUUAGCCUCAGAACUGGGCUCUCAGGUGUUAGUCAUUCCAUGUCUAGAGGUCCCCAGUGGGGUCUUGUUCCCAUCUGGCAUCCCCAUAGAGAGAGACUUACAUAUGUAAAAAUCUCAGCACCCUCCAUCAUGGGGAGACUAGUCACAGCAUCCUUUCCCCACACUGCAAGGCACAAAGCCACUCCGGCCACUCAGCUGGGACAGGCUCCCAGAUUCGCCUCCCCUUCAGGGUCCAGCACCAGAACCACCCUGCCUCUGCCUUCUCCAGUGGGAGCAUUUCAGGGAGCCACCAUAAGCCUUGGGCCCAUGAGAGGAAGAAACCCCCAAGACCAAUGCCUGGAGCCCACCUCCCAAGCGACUCCUGCCUCCUGCCCCAGCGCAGCUCCUGGGGUGGAGCGCAUUCCAGGGCUCUGUGCCCUGAUGCGGGCUUGCUUUCUCAGCACUGCACAUCAACACCGGCCUUCAGGGAGCCCAGAGUAACCUACUACCUCCCCCAUUGUUCCUCCUGUCCCCGCAGCCCUGUCCAUGCCUGUGUCCCCUGCCCCUCACUGAUGAAAACACCCCCACCCAGUGGUGUAGCUGUUACCAAUGUUUACAACCAAGAGCCGCCUCUUCCUGAUGUGUGACUUGCACCUCCGCAAGGCCACUUGUUGGGCUGUCACUUCUGUCUGCUCCUUUCCUGGCUGGGGUCCACUUGAGCACACGAUUCUGAUUUUACUUCCCCUCCAUCGAGGCAUUGUGUGAGGACCAUGUGGGAAUGAAAUCUCUUGUACAUACUUAGCACAGCACCUAGAGUAUGGACUUGUGCUACCGUUCUGUAAAGGGGGUGCAAUAGAACUUAACUGUAAAGCGUUGGGAAAAGUAUAGUAUUGUAUUUGUAACAAUAUCGUUCUUUGUAUACACAGAACUCAAUGAUCUCUAUAUAUAAAUAUAAAUAAAUAUAUAAAUAAGAUAUAUCUACACGUGAGCCUGGAAUGUUGACACCACACACCCACUGAAUGUAUCUCCUCUGACAGUCUGGUCACUGGUCCCAGCCUGCCCGCCCCUCCGUACUGUGGCCACAGUUGUCUGGUUUGGGGUUGUGAUGUACUACACGUGCUAUCCUUUAUUUAACUGAACGCUAAUGUCUGUGUAAGAGUUGCUGCAACAAUAAACAAGACUUUCACCUCUUGGA